GGCCCGGCGCCGCCUCACGGAACCGCCCGCAGGCGGUUUGGCGCGGUGACCCGGCUCCGUUCAGGACGGGCGCCGUGUCUGUAGUUAAUGCAGUGGUGGAAGCAGCCCGGAGCGGGCCUGAGGCAGUUUUCCGUCAUAUUAGUGGUCAUCGAUUCCCGUUAGCACAGCGGAGCCCGAUGCGGCACAGCGCGUUGUGUCCCAGCCACGUUUUCUGCCCUGUGCGGGGUGCGGGACGGUGAGCGCAGUGCUGCGACCGCAGGGAUCAUCGAGUCCAAGGGUGCGAUUUGGGCUGCUGUGGAGCUCUGCGAUAGCAAACACGGGGUCUGCGCGAUGCCCUGUGCCAUCCCUGCUACCUCCAGCAGCAAGGAGUUUCCCAUCUGCUCCUACAGUUGUGUGCACAGCGGGCCAGGGAAAACUCUGGAGUCCAGCACAGCUCUCAAAGACAGUAGCAAACCCUGCAGAAACCCUGCGAGCUGAAACGAAGUGUGAAAUUCCUGCCCGGCUCAGCAAAGGAGAACAGAGCCUUUCCCAACUCCCUGCCGACGAGGUGUUUGGGUUUUUUUAGGUUAGGGAUGGGGUUUUUUUUUUUGGGGGGGGGGAGGAGAUGGAGAGUGGCACACUGUAAUGGGUGAGAUCCAUCACAUAUACAGAGGUUGGGUGUGUUGUGGGUCUGCCUUAAAAGCUGAGCUCCCUUGGGCUGUUAGGAAGUUGCAGCUCUGCUCAGAGCACGUGUUGCACGUACUCACAGGAACAUCUGCACUGGCAGCUGCUUCUGUUUAAAAAGACAGGCACCGAUUCCAGCCUGAGCGCACAGAGCAGUGCAAGCAUAGGAAGAGGAAAGAAGCGUGCUUGCUGGGUUGGCAUGGCUGCAGAAUGCAAACAAAGCUGUCAAAUAGGGCCAGACGGAGGAUGGUGGUAUUAAUGAUGCAUUCACAACUCCUAACCACAAAACGGCUUUCAUUUUAGAAUGGAGAGAUUGAACAACCUUCAGGGAGAAACUUAAUAUUCCUACAACUCUAUAGCCUGAGUCGCAGCACUGUGUCUGAGCUUUGAAGGUGAAAGCUGAACACCUCUGCUGUGGCUCCCACCUUAAAUUGUAGAGAAUGCUGAAGAUUUAUCAAGAACUUUUUCAGGACUUCUAUAGUACGGCAGAAAUCUAAAGUGAAAGUGAUUUAUUUUUUUCAGUUAUUGAAACUGGCAGCAUUGAAAAAGGAAGUUUCUUGAAAUCACCAUCUUAGGGAGAACUGAUAUUUCCUUGGGUUGUUGCCUGCAGUUCAUCAAUUGAGCUUCAGAACUGCUUCAUUUGCCCAGCAAUUAGGAGGGAAUUCCUACUUUGGGGAGAAGGAGUGGAAACAAGAGUGCUUGGAAAACAAUCAAGACUAUUCCCAGUGAGCAAAUAAAUAAAAACUGGUAUUCUUUGUGAGGAAGCAUGGAGAAUAACAGCUGUAGUGUCUUCCUUGUAACUGAGACAAUGCUUACCAAAUGCUCUUACUCUUCUAUGCUGUGUGUUUCCAGCUGUGUGUUUCCUUCCCUGAGCACAGCUGAUACAAGAGCUCACAUCACAGCAGGGUUUCCCUGCAUUGACCCAUCCAUUCACCGCAAUAUAAAAAUGACCAUGAUCCCAUUUCUUUUAAAGAUUAUCAUUUUAUAAGGUGGAUUCAUUUUGCCUGUUCUCAAAGUUAGCCAAAACAAACGAGGAAAUGAAACGUGGGUAAAUCAUCGGGGAUGCAACAAGAAAUCCCAGCACGAAGAGAGUGAAACGUAAGAGAAGGAAGUAGAUGCAGCUGGAGAAAAGCAGCAUAGCAAAUCACGGCAGCAGAUUUUGUAUUCCAGAAGAAAACGGAUGAGAUGCCAAAUGAAAAAGAAGGCAUUUAGUAACGGCUUCCAGCGCCCCGAGCUGUGCUUAAUUUCUGCAGUGCAUUUUUUAACGCUUAAUGACUGUGCGAAGCCCAGCCCAGCACAGACCGAAGCACUGCCGUACAUCAGCUCCCGCUUCCCUUCGUUGGCUGAACGCGUUCCAUGAACGCUUACUGCACUCGGUUGCCGCACGGCUGAGCAGCGCACCGCGCGCCCCACGUGAAAUCAGCGCGGCUGCACGACCCGCAUUGCUCUCGCUUCGCACAACCCUCGGCCCCAGCGCUUCCUGCUGCCUCUCCCGGCUCCGGCCCAGCUGCCUCCGCGCCUCUUGCGGGGGCCGGAGCGGGGAGGAGGAGCCGCUUCCCCCCCCACCCUCCCCUCUUCCUCCGCCCGUCCCCGCCGGGCGGGUCUGGUGCGUGGCAAAGGCUCCGGCUGGGUCUGUGCGGAGCGGGGCAGAGCCUGAAAGCCGUCCCGUAGGCAGCGCCCGCAGUCGGUGUCGGUUUCCGUAGUGGGAUCCGGGCGGGGAAGUCGCCUCCAUGGUGCCCCCGGCGGUGCUGCUGCCCUGGGUGGUGCUGCCGCUGCUCGGGGUGCAGGGUGGAAGCGGCUCUAAGCAGGAAGAAAACCUGCUGGUUCUGACUGUUGCCACCAAGCAGACCGAAGGAUUUCGACGCUUUAGAAGAUCAGCCCAGUUCUUCAACUACAAAAUCCAGGUGCUUGGGCUGGAUGAGGACUGGAAGGGUGGAGAUGACAAGAAGCCAGCAGGAGGUGGGCAGAAGGUCCGUCUCUUGAAAUCAGCUUUGAAGCAGCAUGCAGAUAAGGAAGACUUGAUCAUCCUUUUCACAGAAAGCUAUGAUGUACUCUUUGCAUCAGGCCCCACGGAACUGCUGAAGAAGUUCAAACAAGCCAAGAGCAAGGUGGUCUUCUCAGCAGAGAACUACAUCUAUCCUGACAGAAAGUUGGAAGCCAAGUACCCUACGGUACGAGAUGGAAAGCGCUUCCUGGGUUCUGGAGGCUUCAUAGGUUAUGCUCCAAACCUGAAAAAACUUGUAGAGGAAUGGAAAGGAAAGGACGAUGACAGUGACCAGCUCUUCUACACGAAGAUCUUUUUGGAUCCAGAAAAAAGAGAAAAUAUCAACAUCAGUCUAGACCAUAGAAGUCGGAUCUUCCAAAACCUAAAUGGAGCAUUAGAUGAGGUAGUUCUGAAAUUUGAAAACGCACGAGUGAGAGCAAGAAACUUGUUAUAUGACACUCUGCCUGUAAUAAUUCAUGGGAAUGGACCCACCAAGCUACAGCUGAACUACUUAGGAAACUACAUUCCUCAAAUAUGGACAUUUGAGACUGGCUGUACAGUGUGCGACGAAGGUCUGCGCAGCCUCACAGGUAUUAAGGAUGAGGCUCUGCCAAUGAUUCUGAUUGGCAUUUUCAUCGAGCAGCCCACCCCGUUUCUCUCCCAGUUUUUCUUGCGGCUUCGUAAUCUCCAUUACCCCAAGCAACGAAUUCAAAUCUUCAUUCACAACCACGAGCAGCAUCAUUCAAUGCAAGUGGACUCUUUUGUUAAGGAGCACAGCAAGGAAUAUCUUGCUAUGAAAGUGAUUGGACCAGAUGAUGAGGUGGAGAAUGCUGAGGCGCGUAACUUGGGCAUGGAUUUGUGCAGAAAGGAUCCUGACUGUGACUAUUAUUUUAGCCUGGAUGCUGAAGUAGUUCUGAAGAACACAGAGACGCUAAGGAUUCUCAUUGAACAGAACAAGUCGGUGAUUGCUCCCCUGGUGAGUCGUCAUGAGAAGCUGUGGUCAAAUUUCUGGGGAGCACUGAGCCCUGAUGGGUAUUAUGCCCGCUCAGAAGAUUACGUGGAUAUUGUUCAGAGGAGGAGGGUUGGGCUCUGGAAUGUUCCCUACAUCAGCAGUGUUUACAUGGUGAAAGGUAAAGCCCUACGAUCGGAGCUUGAUGAGGGAGAUCUCUUCCAUGGUGGCAAGCUGGAUGCUGACAUGGCUUUCUGCCACAAUGUGCGGAAUCAGGGAGUCUUCAUGUACUUGACAAAUCGACAUCAGUUUGGACACAUACUGUCUCUGGAGAAUUACCAAACAAGUCACCUCCACAAUGACCUCUGGCAAAUAUUCAGCAACCCUGAGGACUGGAGAGAAAAGUACAUCCAUGAAAACUACACAGCAGCUCUGAAAGGGAAAUUGGUAGAAAUGCCCUGCCCAGAUGUUUACUGGUUCCCCAUAUUCACUGACACUGCUUGUGAUGAGCUGGUGGAAGAAAUGGAGCAUUAUGGCAAGUGGUCCACAGGUGACAAUACGGACAGUAGAAUACAAGGAGGAUAUGAGAAUGUCCCAACUAUCGAUAUCCACAUGAAUCAAAUUGGCUUUGAAAGAGAAUGGUAUAAGUUUCUUCUGGACUAUAUUGCACCCAUCACAGAGAAACUGUACCCAGGAUACUAUACCAAGACUCAGUUUGAGCUGGCCUUCGUGGUCCGCUACAAACCUGAUGAGCAGCCUUCUUUAAUGCCCCAUCACGACGCUUCCACCUUUACCAUUAACAUUGCUCUGAACAGGGUUGGAAUAGACUAUGAGGGAGGAGGCUGCCGGUUUUUGCGUUACAACUGCUCGAUUCGAGCUCCACGAAAAGGGUGGACUCUGAUGCAUCCAGGACGCCUCACCCACUACCAUGAAGGUCUUCCAACCACCAAAGGAACCCGUUAUAUUGCAGUGUCCUUUAUUGACCCCUAGAGCCAUGCUUCACAGGAAAGACCUUUCCCUGGCCCCGCUCACUGCUGACUUUGAGUGGAAACAGGGAAUGCUGCAGAGAGUUUCUAAGGCAUUUGAUCAAAGCUAUUUGGAUAUUGAUUUUUUAAUCAAUGUUAAGACUCCACUACUGGAAGAUCUCCCUCUCUGACACUGCGGGUCAUAUCUAGGAAUGUUGCUGUAGAAUUUGGAAGGAGAUUUUGUGCCUUCAUUUUUGAUUCUGCUCUUCAUCCACUGUGUCUUGGAAAUGCGAUUUACUUGAACCUUCACAGCUUGGUUGGCUUUACAGAAAUGCUUUCUUGGACUGGAAAUCCAGCUCUUCGGAGGCAAGUCACAAGCUUUCUCUCCAAGUAGCUGGAAUCUCUUUUUUAUAUCCACAGCAUAUACAGGACACUAGAAAAUCAUUUCUGGAUAGUAUACCAAACAUAAACAAUCAGGGAGCUGGCUCCAGGAGUCAUAACAGUUACAUGUCAUACCAGAUGAAACUCAGUAGUGAGAGCCUGAAGAUCAUCUGCAUCCUUACCUCUUUGCAGUCUUUGGAAACACAUCACAGAGUUCAGAGCAGCAGCAAUGGCAGUAUAGGUGCUUUGUGUUAGUUAAUGAAGGUCCACUAGUUAUACUUUAUCUCUGGGAUUAGUCUGAAGACAUAAAAAUAAUAAUAAUAAUAACCUCCCUCUCUUCUGUUACCGCAGUUUAAGGGGAGCAUUCAUAGCCAGGCAAAGGGGAGGGCUGACAACAAAUUGAACAGUCAGGGGGGCUUCACUGCUGAAUCAGCUCAGCUCUAUCCAUGUGAAGAUCUUCAAGAGCUCUAAAGGUGAGAUAACAAUCCUGAGGCCUCACUGAUCUUUGGCCUCAUUCCACUUCUUAAUGAUUAUUUCUGUAGUUCCCUUUGCAUCCAGCUUGUUUGAGCCAUCGCUGUUAGAAAACGAUUUUCUGGUACUUAGAGGAAAUCAUUAUUGGGUAUUUCUAUUAUUUGAGAUUGCAAACCAAAGCACCUCACUGCAGUGGGGUUGAGACCAAUAGAAAUGGGUUGGUGAGUGCUGAGAGGUUGUGGCAAACGAAUAGGGAUAAAAAACUGCCACGAAUAGAGCUGUGUGGGGAGGGGGAGCAGGGAGGAACCUUUGUAUUGUCGCCUGUGAGAUACCUGCUCUGCUUUUUAGACACCAUUUUGCGUCUGAAGGCUGGUUUGUUUCACAGGCACUACGUUCACGUUGGGAUUGGGGUGGACCCACAGGGGCUGCUAUCUGAGGGCUCUUUAGGGUUUCUUUCAAUGCUACACCCCCACAUGUGCCCAGGGCAGAAAAACAGUUGAAAAUGGUAAAAAUUCGCGCUAACCGAAACCCGUAACACCUCGUGCUAUAACCAAAUGAAGGGACUUCUUAGGCCAAUGGUUGAGAAAACGUUGACAUGGUGUAUGUAUUUAUUUAGC